AUGCAUUUCAAAGCCUACAUCCUCGCUGCAAUCGCAACCGCCAGCACAGCUCUGGCCCAUAUGGAAAUGAUCCGCCCUUUCCCUUUGAAGAGUCAAUUCGAUCCCAACAAUGACUGGUCUAACAUCGACUACGACAACACCUCCCCUCUUGAACCAAGUGGAUCCAACUUCCCCUGCAGAGGCCACCACAAGACCACCAGCUGGCGCACAGUGGCCAACUACACCGCAGGCCAAGCCGACUACAUGAAGCUUGCACCAGGAAACAACCACCACGGAGGCUCAUGCCAGAUCUCGCUCAGUUAUGAUAACGGCGAGACCUUCCGCGUGAUCGAGUCGUACAUGGGCGGCUGCCCGCUCAAGCUUGAAUGGGACUUCGAGAUCCCCUCUUUUGCGCCUAGCGGCAAGGCGCUGUUCGCCUGGAGCUGGUUUAACAUCGAGGGAAACCGUGAGAUGUAUAUGAACUGUGCUCAAGUUGAGAUCGAGGGCGGUUCCGAUUCGGCCCAGUUCGAUCAAUUGCCUGAGAUUUUCACCGCGAAUGUUGGAAAUGGAUGUAGAACUGUGGAGGGUGAUGCUCCUUUCCCUAAGUGUGGUGGCAAUGCGGAAUGA